AUGGAGCUGGUGCAGAUGGACCAGAGCUCUCUAGAGAGCGUGCGCAAGGCAAGCGACACGAUCUUGGCCAAGACCAACCAAGUCAACAUUCUCAUCAACAAUGCCGCCAUCAUGGCAAUCCCCGAGCGCCAGCUGACGGAUGACGGGUACGAAUUGCAGUUUGCGACCUACCACCUCUCGCAUUUCCUCUUCUUCAAUCUCUUGAAGCCUGCGCUGCUCGCCGCCAGCUCGCCGUCGUUCCAAUCGUGGGUGGUCAUGGUCAGCGCUGCAGCGCACCGGGUGCACGGCAUCAAUGCGUCAGACAACUACAAUUUCCAAAACGGAGGAUACACCAAUGUGUACAUGGCCAACAAAAUCGAGCGCCGCCAUGGAGCCCGGGGCUUGCAUGCGACUAGCUUUCAUCCUGGGAUCAUUGCUACGGGCAUUGCCCUGUUUCUUCCUGCUGAACAGCUCCAGGCCAUGCAGCAGGAUCCGGUUGUGCUCAAGGUCUUGAAGACCCCCGAGCAAGGCGCUGCAACUACGCUGUAG